CGUAUUUGACCAUGCUUUCUUUGUUAAAUGAGAAACAUAGGAGAUUAAAGAAAUGGGAUUUCUUUGCUUCAGACAAGGAACUGACCCGAAAUGUCGGUGAUUUUAGCGAUGACCCAUGAUUAGUUUGUCAGAUUUAAGAUGAUUGUGGCUGUUGAGUUUUGAUGGUGGCCCUUAUGUUAUCUGGGAGCCAUACAAAAUUGUGUUAUCAAGCAAAUUCAAAGCAUAUGUCAUUAACCGAACAAGAAAGGGAAUGGUUGUGCGAGAGCUGGAGAGAAGAGAGACAGAAUGAUUAUUUGUGGUCUAUAUGAAUAUGACAAUUGGUGAUAGAUUGACUUCUUUACAUAUGAUAUGAUUUUCAGUUUUGUUUAGAGAGAAUGGGAGAGAUUGGGGUGGCUGACGCGGAUGGGCCAAUGCAGGGGCUGGGUGGUGGUGGUGGUGGUGGUGAGGAGAAAAUUUUGGUUUCAGUUCGGCUGCGGCCUUUGAAUGAGAAGGAAAUCGCAAAGAAUGACGUGUCAGAUUGGGAAUGCAUCAAUGAUGACACUGUCAUAUACAGGAAUAGCCUUUCAGUGUCGGAGCGGUCCAUGUACCCAACAGCUUACAAAUUUGAUAGAGUAUUUGGGCCUGGUUGCUCGACAAGGCAAGUCUAUGGAGAAGGAGCCAAGGAAGUCGCUCUUUCGGUUGUCAGUGGCAUAAACUCAAGUGUAUUUGCAUAUGGACAAACAAGUAGUGGAAAAACCUACACUAUGAGUGGAAUUACUGAGUACACUGUAGCAGAUAUAUAUGACUACGUAGAUAAGCAUAAGGAAAGAGAGUUUACUUUGAAGUUCUCUGCCAUGGAGAUUUACAACGAAUCCGUCAGAGACCUCCUAAGUACAGAUACAACUCCUCUCCGACUUCUAGAUGAUCCAGAGAGAGGCACUGUUGUGGAGAGGCUCACGGAGGAAACUAUAAGGGACUGGAAUCAUUUUAAAGAACUUCUAUCUGUCUGUGAAGCUCAGAGACAAAUAGGGGAGACCUCCCUUAAUGAAGCAAGCUCUAGAUCUCAUCAGAUUCUGAGGCUGACAAUUGAAAGUUCCGCACGUGAGUUUGUAGGCCAUUACAAGUCCAGCACUCUUGCUUCCACUGUGAACUUCGUUGAUCUAGCAGGAAGUGAGCGUGCUUCUCAGUCAUUAUCAGCUGGCAUGAGGUUGAAAGAAGGUUGCCACAUAAACCGUAGUCUACUGACAUUGGGAACUGUUAUCCGUAAGCUAAGCAAAGGAAGAAAUGGGCAUAUUCCUUUUAGAGAUUCAAAGCUGACGCGAAUAUUGCAGUCCUCUUUAGGAGGAAAUGCUAGGACUGCCAUCAUCUGUACCAUGAGCCCUGCUCGAAUCCAUGUUGAACAAUCUAGAAACACACUUCUUUUUGCAAGUUGUGCUAAAGAAGUGACAACCAAUGCACAGGUCAAUGUAGUUGUCUCUGAUAAAACACUGGUAAAGCAACUGCAAAGAGAAUUGGCUAGAUUGGAGAGCGAGUUAAAAAAUACUCGACCAGAUUCUGUAGCACCAGAUUCCACGGCAGUACUGAGAGAAAAAGACCUUCAGAUUGAAAAGCUAAUGAAAGAGGUCGCAGAGCUGACUCGGCAACUUGAUCUUGCUCAGUCUCAGGUCGAGAAUCUACUGCAAUCGUCUGAAGGUGACAGAGCUUCAACGCCAGAUCAAGAUCAUCACUACCCUAAAUUGCGAGUGCGGAAUUCAUUCAGAUCUGACAAUUCAGUAUCAUAUUCACUCAUUUCGGAAGAUCCUCCCUCCCUAGACCUUGCUGCCAGAUCUUUUGAUGCAUCUCAAUGUUCGGAUGAGCGAAGUAGCAGAAGUUCUGAAGCAACCUUCAUCCAAUUCCCAGAGUUUGAAGAGAAUUUUCUUCCAGAAAGUUUAUCCCCGGAGGACUCAGAUACAACCACUGACUUUGUAGGAAACGGUCUACAUGAGAAAAAGGAUGCCGAAGAACGAACUAGUCAAAACUUUGAUGGUCAUUGGAAGGAAGUUCAAUGCGUUGAAGUGGAAGAGCCAAGCAUAAACCAAUAUUCAAAUUCGAAGAUGUCUGAGUCUAGGCCAUACAGAUUUGAAGAAUCUAAUGGGCCUUCUCCAGAUAUAAAAACCGAUACCUUAGGUUUAACAAAGAUCGGCAAUGAAGAAAGAGCAAAUCAAGAAUUAAAGUCUCCCCCAUUGAAGGAACAGAAAGAGUUGAAUGGUUUGCAUGCCACUUUUAUUAUACCAUCUCCUGAAAAGCCCUCUCCAUGGCUGCUGAAAGAAAGCCUGUCUGAAUCAAGGAGAUUUUUUAUCAGGAGUAGAAGCUGUAGAGCAAGGCUUAUGAAUAACUCACCGAGUUCCCAUUUCGAGAAGGUAGAAGAUAAUGAGAGCACACCAUCAAAUGGGUUUGAGAAAGAUUUCCCUGGGAGACCUGAGGGUUUUCAAAAGAAACUUCUUGCUUUGAAGUAUGAUCUUGACAUCAAUAGGUUAUCAAGAAAUGUCUCAGAGAAUUCUAUGAGCAGUUUUGCUGUUAAUGAGCUCAAAGAGGGAAGUGUUGGAACUUCACCUGAUUGGAGGACUGCCAGUGUUGGUAACUCAGAUGCGGGAUUGAUGUACAUGGCUGAUGAUUUGGCACAAGAAACAACAGCAGAGACCAUGGAGGAUGUGGAAGAUGACGAUUUGGAUGCAAUGCGAGAUAAUGUGUCUGCAAAGAAGGUGAGAGAUGUUGGCUUGGAUCCAAUUCAAUAUGACGUGUCAGAAAAGAAAGUAAAAGAUGUUGCCCUGGAUCCUAUUCAAGAGGAUGCAGAAAGUGCUUCUAAAUGGCCAUUAGAAUUUAAAAGGAAGCAAAGCAAGAUCAUCGAACUUUGGCAUGCCUGCGAUGUCUCACUAGUUCACAGGACCUACUUCUUCCUGCUCUUUAAAGGUGAUCCUGCAGAUUCUUUUUACAUGGAAGUAGAGAUCAGACGGAUUUCCCUUCUAAAGGACACGUUAUCCAGGGGCAGCGGUACUAUUGUUCAAGGACAAGUUCUAACAUCCACCUCAAGCAAGAAGGCUUUGAUUCAAGAGAGGCAGAUGCUGGCAAGGCAAAUGCAGAAGAGGCUCACUAGAGAAGAAAGAGAGAAUCUUUUCCUAAAGUGGGGUAUUCGAUUGAAUGGAACCAAUAGAAGGUUGCAGCUGGUCCAUCGCUUAUGGACCAAGCCUACAGAUAUGGACCACAUCACAGAAAGUGCCACUCUUGUUGCAAAGCUAGUUGGCUUUGACGAGCAAGAGCAGGCUUUGAAGGAGAUGUUUGGGCUGCUCAAUUUCACACCAACACAUCCAAGCAGGAGGAAACCUUCUAUUUGGAAGCGCAGUGGAUUAUCUUUCUUGUAAGCUUUGCUAUAGUGCACCUUGACGUAAAAUUUUGUGGCUAAUUGAUGAUCUCCACGAUUCUAUCACACAUAUAUAGCUUUCUGAGUGUAAGUUUCAGCUCUCUGUAUUCUCUAAUCCUAGCUGCAUUGAUUGUGACUUGUGAGAAAGCUUGUAAAUCUGAUGUAAAAUUGUAAUGCUGAUGCUUCCCUUUUAUCUAUCUUCUCAUCUUCUUGGGCGUAAA